AUGAGCAGCGACGAGGAGGACUUCAACAUGGAGGUCUCGGGCGAAGAGUCUGACUUUGCGCCCGCGGCGAAGAAGGCACCCGCCAAGAAGGCACCGGCGAAGAAGGCGGUAGCGAAGGAGCCUGCGGCCAAGAAGGCGCCCGCGAAGAAGGCCGCGGCAAAGGGGAAGGGCAAGGAGAAGGAAGUGGAGAAGGAGAACGACGGCGCCGACUCUGACAUCGAGGACAGCGACGCGCCCGCGCCCCGACCGACGGAGAGCAGGAAGAACAAGUCCGCGUCCGAGACGUACAAGAUGGUCUCCCAGAUCGAACAUAUCCUCAUCCGGCCGGACUCGUAUAUCGGCUCCGUGGAGGAACACACGCAGAACUUGUGGACGUGGGAUAGCGAGAAUAAGAGGAUGGUGCAGAGGGACGUCACUUUCGUGCCCGGUUUCUUCAAGAUUGUGGACGAGAUUUUGGUCAACGCCGCUGAUCACAAGAUCGUCGACCAGAACAUGAACGCGCUCAAAGUCACCAUCGACACCGAAGAAGGCGAGAUCAGUGUAUACAACAACGGCAAAGGUAUCCCUGUCGAGAUCCACAGCGAACAGAAGAUCUGGAUCCCGGAGAUGAUCUUCGGUCACUUGUUGUCGUCUUCGAACUACGAUGACGACGAGAAGAAGCUCACGGGUGGAAGGAACGGUUAUGGUGCCAAGUUGACCAACAUCUACUCGAAGAAGUUUACGGUCGAGACGGCGAAUAAGGAGUCGGGAAAGAAGUAUAAGCAGACUUGGACUGGGAACAUGGGUACCAAGGGCAAGGCGAGCAUCACGGACAACAAGAAAGACGAAGAGUAUACACGCGUCACCUUCACGCCCGACCUCGCCCGCUUCGGAAUGGAGACCAUCGACGACGACAUCGUCUCCUUGCUCAAGAAACGCGUCUACGAUUUGGCCGGUACGACCAAGGGCGUAACCGUCACGCUCAACGGCGAACGUUUGAAGACGAAAGGCUUUAAGCAAUACGUCGACCUCUUCCUCAACUCCCAGAUGGCCGCCGCAGCCGACGCAUCGGGCGGCGCGGCGCAGGUCAAGCCUACGGUCAUCUACGAGGCGAGCAAGGACGGUCGAUGGGAGAUAGCCUUCUGCGUCUCAGACGGCUCCUUCCAACACGUCUCCUUCGCCAACUCCAUCUCGACCUCCAAAGGCGGCACACACGUCAACGCGGUGGCGGACCAGCUCGCGAAGAUGUUAGGCGAGCAUAUCAACAAGAAGAAUAAGGCCGCGAGCGUCAAGCCGGCGAAGAUCAAGGACCACAUGUGGCUGUUCGUCAACGCGCUGAUCGAGAACCCGACGUUCGACAGUCAGACGAAGGAGCAGCUUACGCUGCCGGCUGCCAAGUUCGGCAGUCGGCCGAAGCUCAGCGAGGACUUUUUGAAGAAGGUCCUGAAGAGCAACAUCGUCGACAACAUCCUCAACUGGGCCAAGUUCAAAGCGGACCAACAGCUCAAGAAGAACGACGGCACCAAACGCACACGUCUCACGGGUCUCCCCAAGCUCGCGGACGCGAACAACGCCGGGACGCGCUCGGCCAAGGACUGCACGCUUAUCCUCACGGAGGGAGAUUCCGCCAAGGCGCUCGCUGUGGCCGGACUUGGAGUCGUCGGGCGCGAUAACUUUGGCGUGUUCCCGCUGCGUGGGAAGAUGCUCAACGUUCGGGAGGCGAAGCACGACCAGAUCAUGAAGAACGAGGAGAUCCAGAAUAUCAAGAAGAUUAUGGGGUUGCAGCAUGGGAAGGAUUAUAAUGCGCAGAGCAUCACGUCGUUGCGCUAUGGGAGUUUGAUGAUUAUGACUGAUCAGGAUCACGACGGCAGUCACAUCAAGGGUCUCCUCAUCAACUUCCUCGACCACUUCUACCCGUCGCUCCUCAAGAUCCCGGGCUUCCUCGUCGAGUUCGUUACGCCCAUUGUGCGCGUGACGAAGGGCAACCAGCGCCGAGAUUUCUUCACGAUCCCGGAGUAUGAGCAGUGGCUUGAGGCGACCCCCGAUGCGCACCGGUGGACGAGCAAGUACUACAAGGGUCUCGGCACGAGCAAAGACGAGGACGCGCGCGACUACUUUAGCCACAUGGAGAAGCACAUGAUCCCCUUCGCGCCGACCGAGGACGGCGACAAGGAGCUGAUCGAGCUCGCGUUCAGCAAGAAGAAGGCGGACGAGCGCAAGGAGUGGCUCAAGCAGUUCAGGCCGGGGACGUUCCUCAACCACGACACGGACCAGAUCUCGUACAACGACUUUAUCAACAAGGAGCUGAUCCUGUUCUCGAUGGCGGAUAACGUGCGCUCGAUUCCGAGCGUGGUGGACGGGUUGAAGCCGGGCCAGAGGAAGGUUAUCUGGGGUUGUUUUAAGCGCAAUUUGAAGAAGGAGAUCAAGGUCGCACAACUCGUCGGUUACAUCUCUGAGCACGCGGCGUACCACCACGGCGAGCAGUCGCUGACAAUGACGAUCGUCAACCUCGCCCAGGACUACGUCGGCGCGAACAACAUCAACCUGCUCCUCCCGAACGGUCAGUACGGUACGCGCGACCAAGGCGGAAAGGACCACGCCAGCGCCCGUUACAUCUUCACCGACGUCUCGCCCAUCACGCGCACGAUCUUCCACCCCGCGGACGACCCGCUGCUCACGUACCUCAAGGACGACAACGACCCCAUCGAGCCGGAGUGGUACAUGCCCGUCAUCCCCAUGGUGCUCGUCAACGGCGCCGAGGGCAUCGGCACAGGCUGGAGCACGAACGUCCCGAACUACAACCCCGUCGACAUCGUCGCGAACUUGCGCAGGCUGAUGGCGGGCGAGGAGACGCUGCCGAUGGACCCGUGGUGGCGCGGGUACAAAGGCGCGAUCCGGCGGACCGGCGACAACAAGUACGACGUCGCCGGCAUCGCGCGCCGGGUCGACGACACGACUGUCGAGAUCACCGAGCUGCCCAUACAUAAGUGGACACAGUCGUACAAGGCCGAGCUGGAGGCUAUGAUCGGCGACAAGGGCGAGAGCGGGAUCAAGGACUAUAAGGAGCACCACGACAACCAGAACGUGCAUUUCGUCGUCAAUGCGAGCAAGGCGGAGCUGGAUAAGGCGGAGGAGCAGGGCCUGCUGGAGUACUUCAAGUUGACGGGGAAGGUCAAUACGACGAACAUGAUCUGCUUUGAUUUCGAUGGCAAGAUUCGGCGGUAUGCGUCGCCGAACGAGAUCAUCGAGGAGUUUUAUCCGAAGAGGUUGGCGUACUAUCAGAAGCGCAAGGACUUCCUGGCGAACGAGCUGCAGAACCAGUUCGAGAAGCUCUCCAACCAAGCGCGCUUCGUGCAGAUGAUCGUCAACAAGGAGCUCACCGUCUCGAACAAGAAGAAGGUCGACAUCGUCGCCGAGCUGCGCAAGCUCUCGUUCCGUCCCUUCCCGAAGAUCUCCAAGGCGAAGGCCGCUGGCGAGCUUGAGGAGGUCGUCCAGGCGGAGGACGAGGAGGCGGCUACCGGCGCGAGCUCGGACUACGAUUACUUGCUUGGCAUGGCCAUCUGGAGUCUGACGCGCGAGAAGAUCGAUAGGCUGUUGCAGCAGGCGGCGGACAAGGAGGCGGAGCUUAUGGCGCUGCUCGAGCUCUCGCCCAUCCAGAUCUGGAACACGGAUCUCGACGAGUUCUUGUCGCGUUGGUCGCAACUCUGCAUUGACUGGGAGGAGAAGGGCGGCAAGGACGCGAACGGCAAGAAGGUCAAGCGCAAGCAGGCCAAGCUUCGCACGCGCAAGUCGCUCUCCGGCCCCGGCAAGCGCAAAGCCGGCGGCUCGGACGACGACGACGACUUUUUCAUGCCCACUGCGAAGAACGCCGCGAAGAAGCCUGCUGCACCUCGCUCGCGCGCGAAGCCCGCCGUGGCGAAGCCUACUGCCUCCGGUUCCAGCGUCACGCUCGACGGCAAUACCAAGAAGGAAGAGCCCGACAGUGACGUCGAGACUGUUCCUCGACCGCUCAAGGCGCCGACGCGCAAGCCGAAGCCGUAUGUUGAUAGCGACGAUGAAGACACGAAGCCUGCGAAGAAGCCGCCCGCGAAGAAAGCCAAGAUCGAGUCUGACGACGAGUUUGACGAGUCGCCCGCCGUGAAGAAGAAAGCGCCGCCGAAGAAGAAGGCCAAGGUCGAGGACGACUCGGACAUCGAGAUGGUCAGCGACGUGCCGCCUCCUGCGAAGAAGGCGCCUGCGCGCAAGGCCGCGACGAAGAAGGCCGCCGAGCCCGUCGAGAUCGACUCGGACGACUUCAGCAGUGCGCCGCCGGUCAAGAAAGCGCCUGCUAAGAAGAAGGCCAAGGCCGACUCGGACGCAUCGGAGGAUGAGUUCGACGAGCCGCCUAAGAAGAAGGCGCCUGCGCGCAAGGCACCCGCGAAGGCGAAGGUGGACGACUCUGACGACUCGACGGCCGAGCUCAUUGCAAACGCUAUGGCUAAGGGCAAGGGCAAAGCGUUGACGAAGAGGAAAUCACCCGACGGCGAGGAGGACAGCGAGCCGGCUUCAGGCAAGCCAGCGAAGAAGGCGAAGCAGGCCUCUGUCACCGACUUCUUCGGCGCGGGCGCGGCGCCGAAGCCUACCGCAACCGCACGGAAGGCGUCGGGUGCUACGAAGCCGCCGAGUAAGCGCCCUGCGGCGAAGAAGAAGUUGGACAGCGAUGAUGAGGAUGGCAUUGGCGGAGACUCGCCUGCACCGGCGCCCCGUGCUGCUGCGCCGAGACGCGCUGCUGCUUCGAAAACGGCUGCGUAUGUUGAUAUCUCUGAUGAUGACGAUGAUUGA